AUGAUCCCAGUGCUAAAGAACCGACUGCUGGCACUGACUGUGGGUGGCUUCUCCUGCAUCCUCUGCAAGCAGCCCCGGCAUGGGGCACCCAUGUACCAGUACUCCUUUGCCAGCCUGUCAAAUGUGCUUAGCAGCUGGUGCCAAUAUGAAGCUCUCAAGUUUGUCAGCUUCCCCACCCAGGUGCUGGCCAAGGCCUCCAAGGUGCUCCCUGUCAUGCUCAUGGGAAAGCUGGUGUCUCGACGCAGCUAUGAACAUGGGGAAUACCUGACAGCUGGCCUCAUCUCCACUGGGGUCAGCAUGUUUCUGCCGUCCAGCAGACCAGAGCUGCACAGCUCCCCGGCCACCACACUCUCAGGCCUCAUCUUACUGGCAGGCUACACUGCUUUUGACAGCUUCACCUCAAACUGGCAGGAUGCCCUGCUUGCCUAUAAGAUGUCAUUGGUGCAAAUGAUGUUUAGGGUCAAUUUCUUUUCCUGCCUUUUCACAGUAGGCUCACUGCUAGAGCAGAGGGCCCUUCUGGAAGGGACCUGCUUCAUGGGACAACACAGCAAGUUUGCUGCCCAUGCCCUGCUUCUCUCAGUCUGCUCUGCAUGUGGCCAGCUCUUCAUCUUCUACACCAUUAGGCAGUUUGGGGCCACUGUCAUCAUGAUUCUCCACCAGGCCAUUGCCAUUCUUCUUUCCUGCCUCCUCUAUGGCCACACUGCCACUGGGGUGGGAGGGAUGGCGGUGGCUGUGGUCUUUGCUGCCCUCCUGCUCUGA